UGUACUUAUCAAUGUCACCAUAUUUGAUGAAAAUCCAUCCAGAUCUAAGCAGAUUCUUAGGCAAGAUGGACCGUGAGCGGUCUUAGCCGUCCUUAUAGUGACACUACAAAGAAAAAAAAUUAGAUUCUUAAAACAGAGUUGAGAAUAGUCGAUGUCGAAAUGAAUCGUUUAUUGUGUUCCGUGCGUGAUUGGCAACGUCUAAUACAACCCGUAAGCGUCGGACAACAGAUCCGGAUGUUUUCGACCCACAAUCCGAAACCACCGAUUACUGAUGCGAAUACCAUCUUCGAUAAAAUAAUUAAGAGGCAGAUACCGGCUGAUAUUAUCUAUGAGGAUGACAAGUGCCUUGCCUUCAAUGAUGUAUCUCCUCAGGGACCGGUUCAUUUUCUAGUGAUUCCAAAACGGUGCAUUUCAAAGUUGACGGAUGGUACCGAAACGGACGUGGAAACAUUUGGACACCUAAUGCAAGUUGCUGGGCAGUUGGGGAAAGAUAGAGCACCACAAGGAUUUCGACUUGUUAUUAACAAUGGAGACCAUGGAUGUCAGUCCGUGUAUCAUUUACAUCUUCAUGUUAUUGGAGGACGCCAACUGGGUUGGCCACCGGGAUAGAGAUGGAUGCUAUUACGACUCCUAGUUAGGUCAUUGAAUUAUGCGAAGUUCCACGGAUCUUUUUAUUACUUGUAUCUAGUUCUUAUCUAUAUAUUAUCAAAAGCUU